CAGGGCAGCAAGGCUUCGAUCUCCUGGUGAUUGGCGGGGGAUCUGGUGGCCUGGCUUGUGCCAAGGAAGGCACCAGGUGGGGCCUGGGUGGCACCUGCGUCAACGUGGGUUGCAUCCCCAAGAAGCUGAUGCACCAGGCGGCACUGCUGGGUGGCCUGAUCCGAGAUGCUGGCCACUAUGGCUGGGAGGUGGCCCAGCCUGUGCCACAUGACUGGAGGAAGAUGGCAGAAGCUGUUCAGAACCAUGUGAAGUCCUUGAACUGGGGGCAUCGCGUCCAGCUGCAGGACAGAAAAGUCAAGUACUUUAACAUCAAAGCCAGCUUUGUCAAUGAGCACACGGUGUGUGGUGUUGCCAAAGGUGGGAAAGAGACCCUGCUUUCAGCUGACCACAUCGUCAUCGCCACUGGAGGGCGACCCAGAUACCCCACACACAUCGAAGGUGCCUUGGAAUAUGGAAUAACAAGUGAUGACAUCUUCUGGCUGAAGGACUCCCCUGGAAAAACGUUGGUGGUCGGAGCCAGCUAUGUGGCCUUGGAAUGUGCUGGCUUCCUCACUGGGAUUGGCCUAGACACCACUGUCAUGGUGCGCAGCAUCCCCCUGCGUGGCUUCGACCAGCAAAUGUCUUCCUUGGUCAUGGAGCACAUGGCAACGCAUGGCACCCGCUUCCUGAGGAGCUGCACCCCCUCCCAUGUUGGGAGGCUCCCAGAUGGGCAACUGCAGGUUACCUGGAAGGACCACACCUCUGGCAAGGGGGACACAGGCACCUUUGAUACCAUCCUGUGGGCCAUAGGUCGAGCUCCAGAAACCAAAAGCCUGAAUCUGGAGAAGGCUGGAGUGAAGACCAGUCCCAACAGUCAGAAGAUUCUAGUGGACUCGCGGGAGGCCACCUCCAUGCCUCACAUUUAUGCCAUUGGUGAUGUGGCAGAGGGGCGGCCCGAGCUAACACCCACAGCCAUAAUGGCUGGGAAGCUCCUGGCACAGCGGCUCUUCGGUGGGUCCUCAGACCUAAUGGACUAUGACAACGUUCCCACGACCGUCUUCACUCCACUGGAGUAUGGCUGUGUAGGGCUGUCUGAGGAGGAGGCUGUGGCACGUCAUGGACAGGAGCAUGUAGAGGUUUAUCACGCCUACUAUAAACCGCUGGAGUUCACGGUGGCUGAACGGGAUGCAUCCCAAUGUUACAUAAAGAUGGUGUGCCUCCGGGAGCCCCCACAGCUGGUGCUGGGCCUGCACUUCCUUGGCCCCAACGCUGGCGAAGUUACUCAAGGAUUUGCUCUGGGGAUCAAGUGUGGGGCCUCCUAUGUGCAGGUGAUGCAGACAGUGGGCAUCCAUCCUACCUGCUCUGAGGAGGUGGUCAGGCUGCGCAUCUCCAAACGCUCAGGCCUAGACCCCACCGUGACGGGCUGCUGAGGGUAAGCUGCCGUCCCUGUCAGCCGAGGCACACGGUGCCCACACCGCUAGACUCCAUGAAUGGAUCCAGGACUGUUGGCGGCUGGGCCCAGUGGGCCUCGCCUUACCCCUGGACAGCCCGUGAGAAAGUUGGCAUGGAGCACGUGCUGGACAGACGACCUGUGUGCCCCACAGGGACGGCAGGGGCUCUCAGCCCUCAUGCCCAAACCUCUUGCCCCCCACCCUCCUGCCUGAGCCAGUGGCCCCAGGUGCUGAUGCCAGAUGAUGACGACCUGGGCAGAAACCCACCAUGUGGGCUGCUCACGUCUGAGCCCCUGGCAUUUCUGGAGUGCAAAUAAAGAGGUUUUCCUGAAGCUU